AUGUCCAUACUUUAUGUCGAUUGCCUGAAAUUGUUAUCUGUUUGGCUCCUAAUUUUGCCCCAUCUGAUCACAGCUGAUAAGAUUGUAAAAUCACCACAAACAGUUCGAAGUGUCAAUUAUGAGGAUUUCUCCUUAUUAUGUGCUGAUGGUAUACCCUUAUUGAUGGAAGAUCACAAACCGAGACCAUGUCAACCAAGACCGUGGCUCAAAGAACAGAAAUGUCCAACUGGAUUCUGGUGUCAUGAAGGACAGUCGGAGCAUAGUUUCUAUUGUUGCCCCAGUAGUAGGAAAUUCGCUAAUCGUUGUCAUCUUCCACCGGCGGUCGGUUACGGUAAACAACGUAUGCGUCGAUUCUAUUUUGACUGGAAAACUGAUGCAUGCCACGAACUACAGUAUUCCGGAAUCGGAGGAAAUGAGAACAGUUUCAUGGAAUACGAAAAGUGUGAGCAAGUGUGUCGUGGUGCAGGAGAGCCACCAAUUUCGCUGCCAAGUAAUAUGAAAAUCAUGCCGAAAGAAGAAAUAAUGGAGUUGGAAAAACCAAAGAAGAUGGAAAAGCCAGAAAAAGACAAGAAAAUGGUUUAUCCAAAGGAAGUUGCCGCUCCAGUUUCAUUGCAACCCCCUUCUGUUCCAAAAACUACCAGCGAUGAUGUCUACGAAGCAUUCUAUACAGUAUCUCCAAAGACUUCAAGUACUCCUCCUCCAACUACUCCACUUUCAACAACAACUCCGUCAACAACAAAAUCAACAACUACAGAAGCAGAACUCCCAGAAGUUUCUGAUCCGAAUCCAUGUGCUUUGUCUCCAGAUAAAGGAUUCCCUGGGUCCAUGACAGUCAACAUGUGGUAUUACGAUGCAACAUCGACUACGUGCAGUCCGUUCAUGUAUCUUGGAAAAGGUGGAAAUUCAAAUCGAUUCGAGACAUCAGAAGAAUGCAUUGACACCUGCGGCAUCGGAAAACCAACUCGGAAGUCCUGCGAAUUACCACCAGCAAUCGGCAACGGCCCAUUCAACAUUCCUCGAUACUAUUUCGAUCGAGUCACCAAAAAAUGCGAGCGGUUCUUUUAUUCUGGCAGAGAUGGAAAUGAUAAUAGGUUUUAUAAAAAGAACAAGUGCGAACGAUUAUGUUUGAGAAAGAAAACAAAAAAGAAGGAAAACAUUUUCGAGUUCACCACCACUCCAUCAAUGCCACCAGUUAUCUACGAAUCCACUCCGAUGAGGAUUAUUCAGAAUUUGGUCCCAAGCGAGGCUACAACUCUGACAACAUCUACAUCUUUUCCAAGUACAGAAACUAGGAUGAAUACUGAUCCCUAUGUUUAUGCAACUCCAACACCUCAAGUCCAUAUUACCGUGGAACCUUGGAUCGAAAGAUUCACUGAAAAAUCAAAGAUCUUCGAAUACUCGACAACUCCCCACCCAACAUUAAUUUAUGAACCUAGAGGCGAAACCCUGCCUACCAUCAUCCCAGAAUCCACGACAACACCUUCAAUUGCUGAUCAUGUUUUCUCAAGUCUCAUGAAUACACAACAACGGGAACUUGUGAAAUUCGUACAGCCACCUGUUCCUCCAAGAACAGAAACCCCUCGAAAGUUCUCAUCUCACGAGACAAUUCCAUUUGGGCAAAUUGAGCAGCAACCAGUUCCAAUGACUGUUUAUGGGUCUGCUAAACCAACUAUAAACCAGUUUGGAAUGAAGGUUGAGCCCUAUCAAACAACGGAUUACAUGCUUCCACCUGUCUAUCCAUCCCCAUAUCUUCCACAACCUGCUUAUCCAGAAGUAAAAACCAAUUCCUCAGUUGUUAUCAGUUCCACCCAAACCGCUUCCGCUUCAGUUCCAAACUCUGCAAUCCCACCUUCCGUUGAUACCUCUUCCCAGAACCCCGGUUCCUAUGUUGGUCCGAUUCCUGCUCCCUCCCAGCCGAUCAUUUCUGAAACUGGAUCUUCUAAAAUUGAAGGUCCCGAAACUUCUCAAGUUCAAGUUGGACCGAUUCCACCGCCUUCAUCAUAUUUUGUCAUUCCUUCUUCUUCUUCCCAAGAACCGUCUUCCAGUCCGUACAUCCCAACAGGAAAUUCAGUUUCAUCCCAGCCACCACAAUCCUCACCACCACCAGAACCAUACGUCAUUUCCAAUCCAAUUCCAACUCUAUCUCCGACUGCUGGUCCACUUCCAUUUUCAUUUAAUAUCUAUCCAUUCCCAAGUCUUCCACCUCCAACCACUACAAUCUCCCCGCUUCCCACGCUUCUCCCACCCAACAUCUCGUACGUCACCUCGCCACCAGACAACAAUGAUUCGCCGUGUAGCCGUCCACUUUAUGGAGACGCGACUAUAAUGUGUGAAAAUCGGCAAGAGAUCUGUCCAAUGGGAACAUUCUGCCAAAUUGGACAAGGACAGAGCAUCUGUUGUCCUAUAAUGGAAGAACCUCCUUGCGAGCAAGCAAUCGAAGAAGGCAUUGGAAAUGUUCUGCUUAGACGUUGGUACUUUGAUCCAGCCACCAGAUUAUGCCAACCGUUCUACUAUAAAGGAUUCAAGGGGAAUCAGAAUAAUUUUAUGUCGUUUGACACCUGUAACAGAGCCUGUGGAUCGACAAACGUUUGUCUAGGAGGCAGUCCACAGAUGUCUAUUCACACUCAUCUUCUAUCAUGUAACUCUGAAGCUGAUUGUCCAUAUUCCCAUGACUGUAUUCAAUCUACACCUCAUAACAUCUGCUGUCCGAAAAUGGCUCAACCAGUCCCGGUUCCAGUCCCUGCUCCUCUAUCGGCACCAUCUCAAAACCAGAUCGUCGAACAACCAGCAUCCAAUUUGGUCAUUGACUUUAUUCCUUCUCCCCAUCCAUCCAAUAAUCUUUGUGAACAACCGAUGGAUAUUGGGUUCGGAGGUCUGUCGGAGCACCGUUGGGCAUUUUCGAAUGGCCAAUGCACCUCAUUCUUGUAUGCUGGACAAGGAGGAAAUAUGAAUAACUUUUUGACAAGAAAUGACUGUGUUAAAACAUGUCAAUCUCCGGCUCCAUCUCCUUCGUCACAAUGCUCUCAACCAGCUGCCAGUGGUCAUGGAGAACAGUAUCUUUCUCGAUACUUCUAUUCACCAGAAUACCGACAAUGUCUUCAUUUCAUCUAUUCUGGAGAAAGAGGAAAUUUAAAUAAUUUUGAAUCCUUGACAGAUUGUUUGGAGACCUGUGUAGCCAAUGGAAUCAAAUUCAGCUCACUUGCCAACAAUCCGAUGUCGCCAGUACCACCUCCACCUUCACCAACUCGUCUGCCAGCAUUCCAGUUCAAACCACGGAAUGUGUGUCCACAAGGAGACCCACUGGUUACUGUGGAUGGUCAACCAAUUCAGUGUGAUCCAUCAAAAGCAGCAAAGUGUCCCGGAGAUCAUGUAUGUACUCCGAGAGGUAACGAAGCGCAUUGUUGUCCGUCACCAAUGCACUUCUGUCUGCAAUCUCGUCCACCCAUAUCUGUAUGCACUAGUCCAGAUUUCGAACCAGUCCGAGAGAUUCGUUUCACCUAUGAUCCAAUGGCUGAUAGAUGUGUACGGUUUAGUUUCCAAAAUUGUCGGGGUGCCGCUUUUUCUCCAUCGGGAAGUCUGAAUAACUUUGUGAGCAACUCUCAAUGCAAUCGUCUGUGCUGUAAUCAAGGAUACAAUUUGGUGUACAAACGACGUCUUCUGAUGGCGAUGAACGAUGAUCCGAUGAUGGAUGAAGAGUGA